CAUAUUUCUUUCUCUGCUCGAAAAAUCAAAUUAACCAUGGCUGCCGAACUGGUGGGUGGAGCUUUUCUCUCUGCUUCUCUUCAGGUUCUGUUUGAUAGGAUGGCGUCUCAAAAGGUGGUUGACUUCGUUCGUGGAAACAAACUCAAUGAAGGGCUGCUCAAGAAGUUGAAGAUCGUGCUAUUGUCUGCUAACAGAGUGCUGAAUGAUGCUGAGAUGAAGCAACUCACGGACUCAGAUGUGAGUAACUGGCUUGAGGAGCUCAAAGAUGCAAUCUAUAUCGCAGAGGACUUGGUGUUCGAGAUCAACACUGAAGCUUUGCGAUCUGAGAUUGAAGAUCACUGUGCAGGAAGCAGCACAUUUGUUAAGGUACGCAACUUCUUCUCAUCUAGAAUCGCUGUUAAGGAUGUGGAAGCCAGGAUGGUGGAGAUCGUUGACACGAUAGAAGAUCUUAUGGAACAAAAGAAACAUCUUGGUUUGAAAGAAGGUAGUGUUCAAACCAGACCUUUCACAAGAUUAUCUGCAGCUACUUUAGUGGAAGAAUCUGAUAUUUAUGGGAGGGAUGCUGAUAAGGAAGACAUCAUUAAGUUGUUGCUAUCUGAAUCUGAUGAAGCAAGUGGAGGUAGUGACAGAAUAUCUGUGAUUUCCAUUGUCGGCAUGGGUGGGAUCGGCAAGACCACGCUUGCUCAGUCUGUUUACAGGACUAUUGAUGACAGGAUCAUGACCAAACCUUUUGACAUCAAAGCUUGGAUUACGGUGUCAGAAGAAUCUGAUGUUUUCACAUUAACAAAAGCAAUUUAUGAGACGUUCACCGAUUCCCAAAAUUGUACCAUCAAGGAAACAUUUCAACUUCAACUUGAACUGAAGCUUUCUUUGGAAGGGAAAAAAUUUCUCUUAGUUCUCGACGAUGUUUGGAAUGUGAAUUAUAAAUGUUGGUAUGAUCUAAAGAGUUCAUUUGAAUCAGCCGCAUCUGGAAGUAAAAUUAUUGCAACAACACGCAUUAUAGAUAUUGCUUCAAUGAUGGCUGGUGCUCCAAAUCAAUAUCAACUAAAAGAAAUCCCAAAUGAAGAUUGUUGGAGACUAUUUGAAAAACAUGCCCUCGGUAACGUGCAGCCAAGUGUUUAUCAAAAAUUGGAAAAAAUUGGUAGACAAAUUGUUCAAAAAUGCAAAGGGCUUCCUUUAGCAAUAAAAUCACUCGGUGGGCUUUUGCGCACAGAACAAGAUCCCAAAUAUUGGGAAAAUAUACUAAAGAAUGAUACAUGGAAUUUGGGCAAGUGUGAUAUUCUUCCAGCUCUGUGGUUGAGCUAUUAUUAUUUGCCAUCACAUCUAAAAAGAUGUUUUGCUUACUGCUCCAUUUUUCCUAAAGAUUAUGAACUUGAAAUGGAAACGCUAAUUUUAUUGUGGAUGGCACAAGAUCUUCUACAACCACAGGAAACUAAAACACCAGAAGAAGUUGGAGAGGAAUAUUUUAAGGAUCUAAUUUCAAGAUCAUUGAUUCUUACCAAUCAAUAUGGCAGAUUUACUAUGCAUGAUCUUGUAAAUGAUUUAGCAAAAUUUGUCUCAGGACAGUCUUGUUUAAGUUUAGAUGACAAUUGCUCAAGUUUCCUUGUAAGUAAGACUCGUCAUUUCUCCUAUAAAGGACGUAAAUCCCAUAAUAUCAAGAAAAAUUUGGAUUUGGGUAAAAAUAAGGUAUUGCGCACUCUUCUAUUAUUGGAUGAACGUUACGAAGUUAGAGAAAAAUACUUGAUGCAUCCUCAAGAGUUGCAAUCAUUGCAAUGCCUAAGAGUGCUUUCUGCAAAUGCAUAUGACUAUUCGACUGAAGGUCAUCUCAUCAUGAAGACUCUACUAUUGAAUGGUUGCACUGCUCUGACUGGGUUGCCAAAUUCAAUUGGCAAUUUGAAACAUCUAAGGUACUUGGAUUUGACUUCUUCUUCUAUUGAAAGGGUACCUGAAUCAUUAUGUAAUUUGCAGGAGUUGCAUACACUAAAAUUGUCCUAUUGUCGUAAGCUUACUCAUUUACCAAGCAGUAUCACAAAGCUCAUCAACUUGCGUCGUCUCAACAUUUUAGGGACAUCUUUAAGAGAGAUGCCACCGGAAAUGUCCAACUUAAAAGCUCUGCAAACAUUAGAUGAGUUUGUUAUUGGCAAAGACAGUGGAUCUAAUAUUAAAGAAUUGGGUAAGCUUCAAAAUCUGCACGGUCAUCUCAGUAUUAGAGGACUAGAGAAUGUAAUAAAUGUUGAAGAUGUUUCACAGGCCAAUGUGAAGGAUAAGAAAUGUCUCACUAGUCUGAGAUUAAAAUGGAGCGGUUAUACUGAUGAUCCACUUAAAGCACGCGAGGUUCUUGGCAGACUCCAACCUCCUUCAAAUCUCGAGUGCCUAUCUAUUGAAAAUUAUGGAGGUUUAAGUUUCUCACCAUGGGUUGGACACCGAUUAUUUUCUUGUAUAAAAAGAGUUGAGUUGUCUAAUUGUAAAAAUUGUUAUUUGUUGCCUCCGCUGGGACAGUUAACUUCCUUGGAAGACCUCGUAAUUCGUGGAUUUGAGAUGGUGGAGAGGAUUGGCGGUGAAUUUUACAGUGAUAGUGAUGGUGGUGGUUCCUCCUCUUCUUCUUCUUCUUCUUCUGUGAUCACUAAGCCAUUCCAAUCCUUACAACGAUUAAGAUUUUCAAAUAUGGCAGAGUGGCGGGAGUGGUCAUUGGUGGAAGUGGAAGGCGGUGUUUUCCCAAAUGUUAAGUCGCUUUUUAUGCAAGAUUGUCCGAAGCUAAAAAAAGCAUGCCCUACCGAAUAAUCUUCCAUCGUUGACAUAUCUUACCAUAUGCAACAAUGAUCACCUGAUUGCACUCUCAAUGUGUCGAUAUCCGUUGCU